AUGUCGUUCCGGGGGACGCUGCCUUCGGGACAGGCCUUUCCUGGCCAGGGAGACCAGCAGCAGCAGCAUCACCACAACCACCAUCACCAGCAGAUGUACGCACACCCGGCUGCGGACUAUCACUUCCAGCAGCAGCAGAUACAACAGCAGCAGCAACAGCAACAGCAGCAACAUAACCAGCAGCAGCAGCUCCACCAUGGCCAGCAGUCCAUGUAUCCCGGCGCCAUGGGCCACGAGCAGCAGCAGUUCUACCAGCCUCAGCCUCAACCUCAGCACGGCAUGUACAUGCAGCCGCAGCAGUUCCACCAGCCGUCGCCGUACGGCGUCAACUUCAACGGCUUCGCAAACUACGAGGGCGGCGGCCAUCACCUACCGCCGACGGGCCAAUAUCUGCCACCGAACAACGUCUGGCAGCAGCAGCAACAGCAUCACCAGCAGCAGCCCAUGACGCAGCAGCCGAUGCAGCACCAGGCUCUCCCUCACCAGCAGUUACCGCCGCAUCAGCAGCAGGCUCUCCAACAAGUUCACCAGCCGUCGCCCAUAAGGAGCCAGGCGGUGCCGCCGACUCGACCGCCGUCUAAUCCGCAGCCGAUACAAUAUCAGUCGCCUGUGCUUCAACCGGCACCUCAACUGGCGCCGCAAGUUCAACAGCAGCAGCAGCAGCAGCAGCAGCAGCAUCAACAACAGCGACAGCAGCAGGGAGAGCAGCAACAUCAACACUAUUCGCAGCCUCGACAAACACAGCAGCAGCCUCAGCAGCAGCAGCAGCAGCAACCUCUACCACCACCGGUGCCGCUGCAACCACAGUCGCAACCACAACCGCCACCGCAGCCGCAAUCGCAACCUCCCAUACCUCAACCAAGCCAGAUCGCUGAGCAGCCUCCCAUAUCUCAACCGAGCCAGAUCGCUGAGCAGCCCCAGCAGGCUUCGCUCCCCGAGCUGCCGCAACCUCCGCAAUAUGUGUCUCCUUCAGAGCUCUUCCAGCAAGAGCCGAUGCAUUAUGUCAAUCUUCAAGAUAUCCAGAAGCAGCCGUCGAUCACUUCUCUGCCUAUAUCAACGACGACGAGUUCGCCGAUUGUCCCCGUCACCAGCCAAGAAAAAUCCAAGGAGACUGUCGCUGUCAAACCGCAGGAGACUGUUAUUGUCAAACCGCUGUAUCCCAGUGCAGCGAUCAAGCAAGAAAAGCAAGAAGAUGAUUCUAUUGCGACCCGAGUGUUUCAACAAGUUCCUGACGCCCGUAUCAAACGUAGCCCGCAUUCCUCAGUCACCAAUUCACCUUCACUAUCCAUGAGAUCCCCCAGCAUCACCAAAAAGUCGCCCGCAGUAACACCUAAACCUCGGCCCGUGAACACAGCGCCUUUAAUGAUUGCCAUUGCGGAAGAAUGCCUCGAGAAGGCGCGCAACGCCUCUCACGACGUGGCCAUGACUCUAUGUCCGAACCAAGUCGACGAAUACCAAGAGCUGAUUGCGACGUCAUUAUCGUGUCUAGAGGCAGCGUUGCAGAGUAAUCCCCAGCUUGCGCCGCGGGAAGAGGCGCGUGUACGGUUAAGGUACGCUGCUCUUCUACAAGAAGAGACGGAGAAUUUAAUGGAGGCGGAGACGGCUCUGGCAAAGGGCAUUCCGCUUUGCGACAAGCACCGCCUGUUUGAUCUUAAAUAUUGCAUGCAGUAUCUCAUGCUCAAGGUUCUGUUCCAGAGAAAUCACAAAGCGGCGUUAAAAGCGGUAGACGGUCACAUAUCUAACUGCGAAGUAUUCAAGCAUGUACAAUGGUACUAUGCGUUCCGCCUAUUAAAAGCGUCCUUUUAUCUUGAUAUUGGAAGCGUAUCCGACACAGGCGCUCUCGACAACAUACGAGCCAUCCAGAAUGUCGCCAACACCAGAGGCGACACCGCGCUCUCUGUCCUCGCCUCACUAAUAGAAGGCUUCACCCUCCUCAAGACAACCAAGGAUGGCAACAUGGAGAAGAUCCAGGCCUGCAUCGCACAAGUGGCCAAAUACCAGUUCGACCCAUCGGUACAGAUCACACAGCUCACCAUGCUGACCUUGCUGCUUGAGGUCGCCGCAAGUCUACACCACCAGAACCCAGACCAUACGGCUCAGAAGCUGCGGCAGUUGCAGGUGUGCCUGGACGAUUGCGAAGAAUGGCAUAAUGUCAAGUCUGACUUUCUCGUGCCUAUCAAGAAGGAGUCUUCUGCGGCCAGGACUGUGAGCGAUGAUACUCAGGCUAUUCUGCGGCUGGGCGAGGGUGAGGGCGAGAUGGAUUAUCUGGUCAUGACGUUUAUGACAAAGAUGGAGCUGAGAUCACUCGUAUUUACCAUUAGCGGCCUGGCCAAUUUUCACAAGCCUUCUUCACAAGGUCGCAGAUCAACAGAGUUUUGGAAGGAAGGCCUCAAGAUACUCGAGACAUGGGACGCUUCGACAGCUGGUAUACCUUACGGCGCCCCCAUCCCCUUAAAUGUGGCGAUUAAGCAGCGGGCCUGGCGGAUAGAAGCUCAGGCUUACCUGACUGUUCUCCUGGGAUUGGUAGCGGCAAGUCACUGUCAAUGGGCAACGGUUAAGCAAAUGGUUCAGAAUCUUGAGUCUUUUGUUUCUCCCUCGACGCAGCCUACUGUGAGAUUGCUCUCGACCUAUCUAAAAGGCGUCUAUCACCAGGGUAUCGGCAGCCUCCAAGCCGCCGUCGAUAUCUUCCUGGACGACCGCUUCAAGGUCCAUCAGCAAGGAAGCACUGGGAUCAAGGCCGGGCAGCAGGAGAUUGCGCUGCUUGCGGGGCUGAACAGGCUCUGGAUCAUGCAGCACCCGUCUUGUCGAAACGACCAGGAAACCUUGGAUCUCAUCGAGCAGCUUCAGCCUCACUGCGCCAACCACAACAACAUCGAUCUCCGGACUGCCUGGCACAACGUCAUGGCGGCCUUGGUGACGGAUCCUCCUCAGCAGCUCAACCAGCAAAAGCAGCAUAUCCACGCCGCCAUGGCUGGCUCCAAGGUCACUAGUAACGUGCUCGGAGCCGCCGUCACGCUCUGCAUCAUGCGCAGCCGCUUCUUCGAAAACGUCAUUGGCGAGCAGGCACUCAAGAGCGCUCGAGCGGCAGCCAAGCAAGCGGAAAGGAGCGGCAACGUGCUGUGGCAGAGCGUGGCAGACGGCAUGCUGGCGCAGUCGUAUGAGGUUCAGGGACAGAGAGAAGAAGCCAAACAAGAGUGGGACAAGGCAACUGAGGAAGCCAGAGACGCGUUUUCUCGCAGCUUGUGA